CUCCGGAACCCACGUGUUCAAAUCUCAGGGAAGCAGCAGACCUGAAGUAACAGGAGGGAUUUCAGUGGCUGUGUUUAUUAGAAAAGCUGAACAUAUCCAUCUUGACUUUCUAUAGGCGUUACGCUUGGAAGCAGUUUUAAAACAUGUCUUCGUUCAGGAAAGCGCUGAAGUCCCGACAGAGAAACCACCACGAAAGAUCUCAGCCAAGUUUCAGGAAAAAUUUGGGAUUGCUGGAAAAGAAGAAAGACUACAAACUCCGAGCAAAUGACCAUCACAAGAAACAAAACACCCUUGCCGCCUUGCGAAAGAAAGCUCUGGAAAAGAAUCCAGAUGAGUUUUACUAUAAGAUGAUCAGCUCUAAACUGGAGGAUGGAGUUCAUGUGAUGAAAGAAGCCAAAGAAGAGGUGGAGGUGACAGAGGAGCAGAAGAAAGUGAUGAGGACACAGGAUAUCAAAUACGUGGAGAUGAAAAGGGUUGCAGAGUCUAAGAAAAUUGAGAGACUAAAAGGAGAACUCCAUCUUCUGGAUGCAGAAAGUAAACAGAAAAACAAGCAUACCUUCUUUGUGGAUUCCAAGAAACAAGUUCAGACAUUUAACCUGGCGAGCCACCUUGACACGGCUCCGGAGCUGGUGGACAGAGUGUACAACAGACCAACUCUGAAAACACUGGAGACUAGGAGCAUCCAGGGAGCUGUUGACCCUCGCAGUGUUGCGAAGCUGGCCAAACAAGGGAAGCAUCAGUAUAAGAUUCUUUCCCAGAGGAUUGACAGAGAAAAGAAAAUGUUUGUCAUCAGCCAGAAAAUUCAGACCCGUAAGGACCUACAGGAUAAGACUAAGAAGGUGAAGGUAAAAAAGGAAACAACAACUACAGCAGCUAUCUACAAGUUUGAGGCCAAGAGAAAACGCUGAGAAAGGCCAACCUGGCAACUUGAGGGGG